AUGAAGGUGUGUGGGAACUGGAUGAGGGUUGAGGUUAAGAAUGGUCACAGUGCUAGAGUAUGGAAGAAGCACUGGAUACCUUACUUUAUAGGCAAAGAAGUGGAGUUACUUCCUGGCACUGAUAAAGGCAUUGUAUGGGUCAGGGACUUGAUGACUAGUGAUGGAACAAUGAAUAACAACAACAACAGUAACAACAACAGCAACAUUAACGUGAAGCAAGACGAACAUGAAAACGACAUGGUGAUGCCGGGCUUCCGAUUCCACCCAACCGAGGAAGAACUGAUAGAGUUCUACCUAAGACGUAAGGUCGAGGGCAAGCGAUUUAGCAUCGACCUCAUCACUUUUCUCGACCUCUAUCGUUAUGACCCAUGGGAACUUCCCGCAUUGGCGGCCAUAGGAGAGAAGGAGUGGUACUUUUACGUGCCGAGGGAUAAAAAGUAUAGGAACGGGGAUCGGCCCAAUCGGGUGACGACAUCUGGAUAUUGGAAGGCGACGGGUGCGGAUAGGAUGAUCAAGAGCGAGAACUUGAGGUCCAUCGGCCUCAAGAAAACCCUCGUUUUCUACUCAGGAAAGGCUCCUAAAGGAAUACGAACGAGCUGGAUCAUGAACGAGUACCGAUUGCCACACCAUGACACCCAGCGUCUCAACAAGGCAGAAAUUUCUCUAUGUCGAGUCCACAAGAGGGCCGGAGUGGAAGACCACCGGUCCCUCCCGCGCCCCCUACCGACAAACGCCACCUCAUCAUCCUCAUCGAACCACGUUUUCCAAUACAGUCACAUGCAAAGAACCCUCAACCGAAGACCAAACGAAACGAGCCCGAGCAGCAGCACGGGCGAAAUCGGCACAUCUCUCAACGGAAACUACUCAAUUAGUCACCCAUCAAUCCUCACAAUCCCAAACUCCUCAACUCAAGAUUGCAAAAACAACGUUAAUGCAACAAAUAAAAGCUUAUCCCCGUAUUGCCCCUCAAUUUUCCCUAGUCCGUCCUCGACCGACGAGCUCCAUAAGCUCGUUAGCAACUAUAAUUCACGGCAGGCCGCUGAGAACUAUGUGCCGAAUCUUGUCUCUCACCUCCCGGCGGGGACUCUUCAGGCGGCAGUGCCGCAAAGAUUGUGGGAUUGGGCCGAUGCCAACAAGGACGACGCGGAAUUUUUCAAGUAA